UAUUGAUAUAGGAUCUUUAUGGAAUGCUCCAUUAUUUUAUAUAUUUCCCUCUUCUUUGUAACCCAAUCAAACUAAAGUCCCACCCAAGCAAUGGCUUCUAACACCGGCAAGAAAGUUGUGGAAGAGGUUUCCGGCUUCUUACGGGUGUACGACGACGGCACAGUAGACCGUACAUGGACUGGGCCGCCACAGGCCCAGAUUCUUUUGAAUCCAGUCCCACCACAUCAAGAAUUCAUCAACGGCGUUGCCACCAAAGACCUCAUCAUAAACCCACAAACUGGCUUAAAGGCGCGCAUAUACCUUCCCGAAACAACAACAGAACAACCGACAAAUAAGCUUCCCCUCCUUCUCCAUUUUCAUGGCGGGGGAUACUGUAUAACCCAACCCGACUGGUUCAUGUACUAUCACUUCUAUACCAACCUCGUGCGCAAGGCACGUGCUCCGUGCGUGUCAGUGUACUUGCCCUUAGCUCCAGAACACAAGCUUCCGGCGGCAAGCGACGCAGCACUUGCGUCACUCAUGUGGAUCCGUUCUUUAGCUCUAGCCGAGUCGUGUGAGCCAUGGCUGACGACGGAUAUUCUUGAUUUCAAGCGAGUUUUUCUUAUUGGCGACAGUGCCGGUGGAAACAUUGUUCACGACGUGGCAGCUCGAGCAGGGUGUACGGACAUCGAGCCAGUGAGGUUGGUCGGCGGGUUGAUCUUGUGCCCUGGCUUUCUACGUUCAGGGCCUAUUAAGUCUUACAUGGAAAGCGAAGAGUCAACGAUGUUGACUAGAGAUAUGGUCGACAAGCUGAUGGAUUUGGCGGUGCCGGAGCCAAGUGCAACCACCAAGGAUCACCCGAUUAUAAGCCCGAUGGGUCCACAAGCACCGCUGCUGGCGGGGCUGAGGCUGCCGGCGAUGUUUGUUGCCGUUGGCGAGAAGGAUUUGAUGCGUGACACGCAGUUGGAGUACUGUGAGGCCAUGAAAGAUGCGGGGAAGGAGGUGGAGGUUGUGGUGUUUGAUUCGAUGCCACAUUGCUUCUAUUUGGAUAAAAUUGGCAUGGAGUUGGAUGCGAGACUGGCUGCGGAGACUGAAAGGCUAAUUGAAAGGGUCGUUGACUUCAUUAGGAGUCAUUAAUUUGUUCCGUCAUUUUCAAAAGUUCGUUUGUCGAUAGGAAUUCAGCCACGUGCAAAAGGUGGUAGUUUUCUUAUCAAGAUCAAAUGCUAAUAAUAUUGAUUAUACAUUAUCAUUUAUAUGUGGGGUCAUGAAAACGCUGUUUGAUGCAAUGUAUUUCUAUCUUGAGAAUUUGAUAUGCAGAUUGGGGUUGUUGCAUUGGCUACUA